UUCAUGUUGAUAAUACUAUAUUAUUCGUAAUCCCGAUGGAGAGGCAGAGGUCUUUCGAAGUUCUUCAUGUUGAUGUAAUGAUGAAACUCUUAACUUAGGUAUGUUCAAGCAGUGAUCAACACACAGAAGUUCAUGGUUCGUAUACUUUCUUAUCACCUUUUGGUGCAUGGAAGUUUGAGUCCCUAUGUUUCUAUUGCAGAUUCUUUUACCGGCCUUUUCUCAUUUUAUCCCCUGUCCAAGUCAACAUUUUCUGGAUAGUUAUUUGUUAGACGGUAAUGCAGCCCAACAGCUUAGCAUCAUUUAAAAUCGUUGAAGAAGUUCAUAUGGUCUUUUAAAUCGCUUAAACAUUUUUCAAAACUAUGGUCUCUUUCCAACAUGAAAUUCAACUUGUCAGAAAAAGGUUACGUAAUGUCGACGAUUUUCUCCUAUUAGUAAAAUGCUAACAAUAUAAGUCCCGGCACUUCACCGAUUCAUGACAAAUGUGUUCACAACAGUAUGAUCGCUCGAUCAAGGGACGAUACUUGUGUAUUAUUUUUCUUCCCAAAAAACGGCUGAUAUAGAUGGACCUUGUUAACGUCUGUUGUGCUGAUUUCCGAUGUUACCAGAUCAAGUUGCUGUCUUCAUCCUCAUAGUUGGUACUUGCUACAAAUGAAUGACUAUUGAAACAUUGUUUUUGAAAUGUAAAGCUAUAGCCUAGUUAUCAAGGUACUCGGCUUAGAACCAUUAAGUUGUUGUAUUUUUGUUCGAUAACUAAUUUAUGUCCCAAAUACAGACAUCUGUACUUGAGAAUGAUAGUCUUGUCGAAAGUGUCUACUGGGUUUCUGAGCAAGCUGUUUCUGAUGAAUCACCUUCUUACACUGAGGUUUCGGAGUCUGACAAGUCAGAGAAUUCUCUAUCCACAUCGACGUUCGAUUUCGUCAAAUUGGACUGCGACCAAAACCAUGCUGCCAUUACACAACCCCCUCCAUCUCGUAACUUGGAUCAGUUACAUUGCCUAAGCAUACCUGAUGAGAAAGAGCCAACUAUUUUAUGUGAACAAUCAUGUAUCCAAUCGUCAACGUACUCUGAAAUAAAUUCCUCUGAUCGGAUACAUUUUUACUUCCAUGAUUUUCUUUUGGGAGGCAUAAUUUUCAGUUUGCUUUUAGGUCACAUGCUGUAUUCUGAACAAUCUUAUAAAAAUAGAAUUGCUGGUUGUGAAAUUGAACGUGACAAAUUGUUAACAAAUAUCUCUUUCUUAUCGACUGAAAUUUUACAAAAAGAUACAUCAUAUCGACACCUGGAGAUUAAACAUAAACACCUUAAAAAUGUAACACAUCAAUUGCAUUCAGAUAUAUCUAUACUAACAGCUGAAUUACAUGACAAAGCACUAGCUUACAAUGAAUUAAAAUCAGACUACAAAUAUGUCAGUGAUAAAAUGAAAGAGUUAACCAAUGAAUUGCGAAAAUUGAAAUUUGCGCUUAUGGAUUUGAAACGCUCUUCGCUAUUUUUCCCCGGUAUCAGAUUGAUCAAAGAUAUAUUGUGUAAAAUUUUAAGCGUUUGCCCUGAUCUAGAUGGAGAGUAAAUAAAUAAAUGGAUCAAAAGUGAGCCGUGUCUUCGACACAAAAUAAAGGAUAAUAUAUUUUUCUUCUCCCAGUUAAUAUUUUCGUCAUCAUAUUUCUUUAUCUUGUUAAGUUUUAUUUUGCGUAAUUUUAGCAUUUCGUCUAAAAUCUCUUGUCUUACAGCUGAUAAUGUAAACAUUUAUACCAAAAGAUUAUUUAUCAUUUAUCUUCAUUAUAUACUUCAUUCUGACAAUUUUCCUUAAAGUCAUUACGUAACAGUUUAAACAGUAUCAUAUAAACUAUAACACAAAUAGUCCGAAAUAAAUUCAUACAAAAAUAGAGUGGAAUCUCGAUUUAUUCUGUUCUUUUCCAAUAAAUAAUGUACCAUUA